AUGGAUCGAAACUUAUUAAGCAAUUCUGAUCUUAGCGCUGAUAAUAAUCUGGAUGAAGAAUUUGUGACAAAUGACGAUGAUGACGAAUUUUGGGCGGAUGGCGAUGAUGACGAGAAUGACAAAUCUUGUGAUAAUGAUGAUGAUUGGCGUCUUCCUAAUUUAUCUGAGCAUGAAAGAAAUGGAUUGUUUGACACAUUUUCUAGAUCUAGGGAAUUUGGAAUAGAUGAAUACAAUUCAUUACUAGACGUGUUAACUCAUCCUAAGGAAGGAUUAAACCUCUCAAAAUAUGAUGAACUCGGAUUAUAUUAG